UUACUAUUCCAACAACUUUUCGGACUUUGAGAAACAGCUGGCUACAGACAUCUUUCUGCGGGUCUACCGUCCGGGCGCCUGGGUGGGCAGUCUGGCGUCAUUCGAAGCCAGUAACCAGCCGGCAGCCAUCGAGGGGACGGGCUUACCAUCCGAUCAUGACGGUCUGAUGGCGACGAUUGCCGCCACUACCGCGGCCAGCAGCUCCUUCCCCUGUGACCCGGCAGCGGAAGCGCACCUCCAUUGGUUGGACAGUUGGGCCAGAUUGCCCCUGUAUCGUGCUCCUCUCACGGGUUGGUGGCCCCUGAGCUGGGACGUCUCCAGUUCGCGCCAAGACGGCGUCUACUGGAAGACCUGGUGUGAGCUGGGACCGCCUGAGCCCUCCGCACCCUCCACGAGAUACGCCUUCAUGAGCUUGCUAUCCUCUGAUCCCAGGUACUGCCUAACUCAUGAGAUCGAAAUUUUUUGGGGGGUGAUGAUUUAG